AUGGCACCUCGUCGACACUUAGCGCAAGUUCAGGGCCUCGUCGGGGACGAGGUCACCGGCGGUGUCACCAGGUGUUGUGUGCCCACGGGAGAGUGUCUGCGCGCCCAGCAACAUAUGAACAACAAUGACCACAUGCUUAUUUCGUUGGACGAUCUCCGGGAUACCGUGCGAGUUACUUGCAAUAACGAAUUGUGCACAUCGGGAAGAUAUAUGCACCGUGAGUGCUUUGAUCAAUGGGAACAAUCCGUCUUAAGUUAUCUUAAAACUUGUGGCAGGGCUCGUUCGUGGUCCGAACGCCAAAGGCAUCAAAACCUCUGGACCAAGAAGGGCUACGAUUUAGCGUAUAAGGCUUGUGGGUGUAAGUGCGGUCGUGGACAUUUAAAAAAGGACUUGGAUUGGAUGCCUCCGCCUCCCACCAGUAAUAUAUUUGGUAGAAUCGAAGAAGUCGAUUCAGGAAAAAAGAAAAAACGUAAGAAUAAAAACAGUCGACCUACCCUUGCUAUUUCUUCCAACCACCCCAUCGGCAGUGAGAUAAGAGCAAGAACUGGUAGUUUGUCUUGCUCUAGUACUGGCUCUUCUAGUCCCCCAACUUCGGGAAGUGAACCCAGUGUUUCGCCCAUUCAUGCCCACUCUAAGAAGAAGAGUAAAGUUGAUCUACAAGAUAGAAUUCGGUUCAACAGUAAUUUGACCAGAAAGAAAGGCAUCUUUGGAUAUCCAAUCUAG